AUUUAAAUGUCUCCCUUCCUGAUUCACCGCUCUCCGUGUUUAGAAACAUACUUCACAAAAAUGGUGGUCUGGGAUACCAUUCUUCGCGUCUGAUAUCCCUCAAUAGUGAUCAAUUGCUUACACAUUUAGAGGGCAUAAAGGGAGACUUACUGAGCAGAUUUGAAUUUCUUGUUUACACUUGAUAAAAUGGCGGCAACUAAGUCGAUGGAGUAAAAAUGUAAACAGAUUUGUAAAAUGGCUGCAAGUGGUGGCACCAUUAUGCCACAAAAAACGGGCCAAAAGGAUGAUAUGAAGUUAGGAAUCGAAGGAAAGUCUCUGUCAGCCUCCCCAAGGCCCCCUGAAAAAGAAACGAUGGGAGGCGUGUCGAUUGAGGUAACCUCGCCGCCAUCUUCUUCGAGGCCUUCCUCUGGUUCCACCGGAAACACGUCUACCGAUUUUGGGGAACCAGUUGGAAGUCUUCAGCUUCCGCCAGAGGCAAUGGGUGUAUUAGAAACAGUUAUUAACAUGAACCGAACGCUGGAAACCCAAAUAGAUGCUUUAAGGCUAAAAAUUGAUGUAGAUGCCAAACAUUCAGAAAAUGAGAAGAAAAAGAUCAUCACAGACAAAGAGAAAGUAAUCAGAGGGAAGCAAACAGAGAUAGAAUUGUUGAAAACAGCAGUCAGAGAUCGCGAACAUAAAAUAAAGGAAUUGGAGAAUGUUAAAGAAGAAAGAGAUUCACAAAUUUUGUCUAAAAUAGAGGAAAUAGACGAACUACGCACUCUAGUUACAGAAACGGAGGACUACGCAGAAGAACUGUCCAGAAAAGUUCAUAAACUUAAAGAUGAAAAGAAGCAUUUAGAGAAUAAUGGUGCAUAUAAAGAACAAAAUGAGGAAAUUCGGAGACUGAAACAUGAAUUAGUGUCCGUAAAGGAUAAACUUAAUACAAUGGAAAAAGAGCUACACCGAGCAAGAACUAUAGUAGAAAAACAGAGCCACAGAAUAAAGGUACUUGAAUUAGAAAAAAGUGAUAUGAGUUCUAGGUUCAGGGAGGAACUCGAGAAAGCUUCUCGAGCAAUGCGACAAGAAGUUGAACGCAUGCGCGAAGUCAUGAGAGUUCAGUAUGAGGAAAUGAGAACUUUGCGUGAACAGAAUACAGAAAUAUCCAACGAUGUUAGGGACAUCAAAGAUUUGUUGAUAAGGAAUUCAAAAACACCGCGUGAAGCAGAACGUGGUCCCAUUUCUAUACAAAAUUACGGAAACGCUUCAAAGAAUCAACUGUCUGUUAGAGCGUCUGUUCCUUCUUAUAAAAGUUCUUCAGCUAAGGAGGGGUUACCGCCCUUGACUCGAGAACAAACUUCAAGCAAAUGGGUGCCUGCUGGGACCAGAAGAAUAAAUGCCUAUUCUGCGAAACAAAAGAAGCAGUAAAACAAUAAUCUAACAAAAUAUGACCUGCUAUCGCUGAUAUAUUCAUUUGUAGCAUAGUGACCCUGCUUCUGAAAUUAUUCUGGAGUGAUUAAUUUUCACACCAAAGUUAUUUUUUCCACAUUGCUGGAUGGUAUAGUAGUCUAAGUGUCAUGGCGGUGUGUAGUAUUCUGACGUUUUGGAUGUGUUUAUGCGUGUUCUUUACCGACAAAAGUUGCGCUUAGCUUUAUCGUUUGUUAAAGUAUUUUUUGUGCAUUAGUACCAUUUUCCUAAUCUCAAAAAGUUUCCUAACAUUAAAUUUUAGUGCAAUGCUUACUAUAUAGUUCUUGAUGUAAGGUGUUCAAAAUCAUUUGAAAGAACAUACUGAAUGUUGUAUUAAUCUAGAGUGUCACAAUAGUGGUUGUACAUUUGCUCCGAAAUAGAGGUAAAAUUACCUACAUGUAUAAUCAGUAUUUUUGAUAUAUGUGAUAUAUGAAUUGAGCUGUGAUAUAUCAAGGUGACUCCAUAGCGACUUCACCAAAUACUGCUGCAUGUACAGAUGUAUAUGUGUAUUUGUAAAUAUUCAAUUUAAGUUCAUAAUAAAUAUAAUUAUUUGAUAUAGAAUAUUAGAUAUUUUCAGAUUUAUUUGUUUGUUCAAGUAAAUAAAUAUUUUGAAAAGAAAA